UCAACUCGCAGAGCAAUUUGACAAAUAUGUGACAGUUCAAAAUAAGCGUCAACAACUCAAUAGUAGUUCAAAGCACUUUGGUUCAAAGUUUUACUUGUAAUAGGUAAUUUUCUAGUAUUUUCUAAAACGAUUAGUGAAAAAGAUGUCGAACUAUACUGAUUUAGUGACUAAAAUAGGAAAAGAUACUUCGAGAGCGGCAUGUAAAAAGUGCGGUUACGCCGGACACUUAACUUUUCAAUGUAGAAACUUCAUUAAAGUAGACCCCAAUAAAGAAAUUGUUCUAGAUGUAAGCAGCACGAGUAGCGACAGUGAAGAAGAAUACGCAACUCCCUUACAAACUUUACGAGAAGCUGAGCUACGGCAGAAACUGCAAGAGAAAUUACAGAAAGCAAAGGAGAAAAAGAAAAGCAAGAAGAGAAAGAGAUCUAGGUCAUCAAGUACAUCUUCAACGAGUAGCAGCAGUUCAACAUCAUCAGAUAGCAGUAAUUCAGAUAAAAGAAAAAAAAGAAAACACAAGAAAAAGAAAAAGUCCAAAAAAUCACACAAGAAAAGUAAAAAGUAUUAAAAAUAAUUUGUACUCGACUAUCUGACUUGUUCUAAAAUUGUGUUCAAUAAUUAAUAGUUUUUGAAUAAAUUGAUCUUUUAUAA